AUGGGGAACUGCUGGGCGCAGUGGUGCUGCGGCCUUUUCUUGCGGAGAGAAGCGGGGCGGAUCCAGCGAGGCGGAGGAUCAAAGUAUUUUAGAACAUGUUCAACUGGAGAACACUUCACUAUAGAGUUUGAGAAUCUAGUGGAAAGUGAUGAGGGAGAAAGCCCAGGAAGCAGUCAUAGACCUCUGACGGAGGAAGAAAUUGCUGAUCUGAGAGAGAGACAUUAUGAUUCCAUUGCUGAAAAACAGAGAGCAUUUGAUAUGAAACUUCAGUCAGAGUUAGCCUUACAAGAGGAGAAGUUAAGAAUAGAAGAAGAGGCUUUAUAUGCUGCACAACGUGAAGCAGCCAGGGCAGCAAAGCAGAAAAAGCUCUUGGAGCCACAUAGACUACAGAGGAUUAUGCAGCGAGCACCAGCAGCUAAUAAUGGAGAAUAUCAAAGCUCAGUGGCAGAGGAGGAGUUUGAUUGUUCUUUGAGAAAUAUAAAGCUCCACUAUGAAGCUUUUCGAAGUAGCAGACUUUCAUCUGAUGCUACCAUUCUGACACCAAACACGGAGAGCAGCUGUGACUUAAUGACCAAAACAAAAUCAACAAGUGGAAAUGAUGACAGCACUUCACUAGAUCUAGAGUGGGAAGAUGAAGAAGGCAUGAACAGAAUGAUUCCAAUGAGAGAGCGCUCUAAAACAGAAGAAGAUAUACUUCGAGCAGCACUAAAAUUUAGCAGCAAGAAGACAGGAAGUAAUCCAACCUCAGCUUCUGAUGAUUCAAAUGGUUUGGAGUGGGAGAAUGAUUUUGUUAGUGCUGAGAUGGAUGAUAAUGGCAAUUCAGAGUAUGCUGGAUUUGUGAAUCCUGUAAUAGAACUGUCUGCGUCAGACAUAAAUAAAUCCGAUGCUGAUCAACAAGACAGAUAG